AAUGACCCUCGUCUCUCUAUUUCUUCUUCUUCGUCUCCUUCUUCAAACCUACAUAAGCUCAUCGCCCUUCGUCGUAGAGAAGAGCACGCUCACCAACUCACACACAUGACUGGCACUGCGCGAGAGAAGCACAUCAGAGCCAAUCGGCGAUCGCAUUCCCGAUCGUCGAAGCCGGACAUGGAUCACUCCGCCCACUCGAAUCAAUCGCCGAUCCCCAAUUCCACCCCCGAAUCGAGCCUCAACCCCUCCGCUUCGCCUCAAGUCCCGAUUCCGAGUCCCGCCCCAUAUCAAGCCCCGUCCUUGGAGCAAAACCCUAUCCCUAGCCCCAACGCCAACCCCGAUUGCAACCCCAUUCUCGACGACAGCAACGCCUGGGGCUACUGCACCGAGGAGCAGCUGGAGGAGUUGCUGCGGAAGCACGUGCAGUUCUACUACAACGAGGCUCUCGCCAAGCUCUGCGCGCUCGGUUACGAUGAGGACGUUGCGCUGCGCGCUGUCCUCCGGAAUGGGCAUUGCUAUGGCGGCAUGGACAUGCUGACCAACAUUUUGCACAAUACGUUGGCUUAUCUGAACAGCGGCGGGGAUGGUGCUAGUUCGGGCGAAUCCGAGCUGGGUUUCUCGGAUUUGAAGCAGUUGGAGGAGUGCUCGCUCGCGGGGAUGGUGUGUUUGUUGCAGCAGGUGAGGCCGAAUUUGAGCAGGGGAGAUGCUAUGUGGUGUCUCCUCACGAGCGACCUCCAUGUGGGUCGCGCGAGUACGAUUGAAAUUCCGGUGGUUCAAUCACCGAGUGACGGAUUGGGUCCAGUUGGUGAUAAGAGCAAUGCUGAGAGCGGCGCUAAUGACGCUGCCGCUUGUGUUUCGGCUCCCGUGUUGGGUAGGUUUCUUUGUAGUCUAGGAUUUAGUAAUGGUGGAAAUGAUUACGUGGAGGCUGUGAAUGGCUUGGGAGAUAUAGGAGGAAUGACAAUGCAGAAGGAUAUCGAGUGUCCGAAAAGGUUUAACCUUUCGCCAUCGAUGAAAUCUUUGCUGAAAAGGAAUGUUGCAAUGUUUGCGGCAGGUUUCAGGGCAAAUGCAAAGACUUUGAAGGGACAACCUCCUUUCUCGCAAAAUGGGCCUCCUAGUGGAGGUGCCUCAGUUGUUUUGCGAGAGAAAGCUACAGUUGAGAAGAAUGCAGAGUCGAGGAACUCAAAGAACCAAGAUGAUCUCCAUGCCAUGAUGCGCAAAUUUCUCGACAUGGAUAUUGGGGCAAGCAUUGAUGAGAAUCCGGAGGUUGCCGAAGAAGAGCGGAAAGACGAGAUAAUUUUGUCUAUGCUUCAUCAGAUCAAGGAUCUUGAGAAGCAAGUGAAGGAGAGGAAGGAGUGGGCACAGCAGAAGGCUAUGCAAGCAGCUAGAAAGCUUAGCAGUGACAUGACAGAGCUCAAAUUGCUGAGGAUGGAAAUGGAUGAGACUCAAAGAUUGAAGAAAGGGAAACAGACUCUAGAAGAAACUACUAUGAAGAGACAAUCAGAUAUGGAGAAGGCUUUGAGGAAGGCGAGUGGUCAAGUGGACCAAGCUAAUGCGGCUGUGAGGCGGCUCGAGACUGAAAAUGCUGAAAUCAGAGCCGAAAUGGAGGCUUCCAAGUUGAGUGCAUCGGAGUCAGUGUCAUCCUGUCUUGAGGUAGCUAAGAGAGAAAAGAGGUCCUUGAAGAAGCUUUUGGCUUGGGAGAAGCAGAAGACCAAGAUGCAGGAGGACAUCGCUGAGGAGAGACAGAAAAUCUCGGACCUGCAACAGCAGUUGGUUCAAAUUAAUCAGGCUUCAGAAGAAGCUGAGGUUAAGUGGAAGCAGGCAAAGAAAGAGAAAGAGCUUGCCCAGGCACAAGUGGAGGAGGAGCGGCGGUUGAAGGAAGCAGCUGAGGCAAGCAGCAAAAGGAAGCUCGAAUCUUUGCGCUUGAAGAUAGAGAUAGACUUCCAACGUAAAAAGGAUGAUAUUAAAAGACUUGAACAGGAGCUUUCGCGCCUGAAAAUGUCUGCAUCAGCCCAAUCCGCUGAUGUACAUCAUGGAUCGCAUGCUUCCCCUGUGGCGAAGUCUGUGGGGGGAAAACCAGAAGGAGAAGCAAUCGCCAGGCUACUUCAUCAAUUGGAACUGGAAGACUCGCCUGAGGUCAAUAGAGAUAGACAAUGCGUGCUGUGCAUGAAGGACGAGGUCUCGGUUGUUUUCUUGCCAUGUACCCACCAAGUAAUCUGUGCCAAUUGCAGUGACAGCUACUGGGGGAAGGGAAAAACCUCUUGCCCUUGCUGCCGUGUCCCGAUUGAGCAGAAAAUCCGUGUCUUUGGGGCAAGUUCAUAGUUCGAAAAAGAGAAGUCAGCCUGAAUUGCUCUAUUUAUUCUUGGACAGCCUGUUUCUUCUGUCUUUAUUGAAUUAUAGUUUAGGUGAUGCUGCAAGUGCAUCCCAUUAGAAGGAUGUAGAUAAAUAAAAAUGGCAUCUGUCUGAGCUUCUGACUCGGAUUCAACAACAAAUGCUUGCAACUUUGAAAGGCAUGGCAUUCCGGCUGCUAUGAGAGAUGCCAGUUACAUCCGA